AUGCGCAUUAAAUUCCUUGGUGACUGUUAUUACUGUGUGUCGGGAAUGCCAGUAAAUCGACCAAAUCACGCCGAUAUGUGUGUGGUGAUGGGCCUAGAAAUGAUCAAGACCAUCAAACAAAUACGUCUUGCCACCGGUGUGGACGUUAAUAUGCGAAUUGGUGUCCAUACAGGAUCAGUGCUAUGUGGAAUCCUUGGACUACGAAAAUGGCAGUUUGAUAUUUGGAGUGAUGACGUCACAUUAGCAAACCACAUGGAAUCGGCAGGGGUACCGGGGUAA